GUUGGGUCUGUAGUAGGUGGGACUGAGGUCUGCAGCAGGACGUCGUAGAUCAAUGAACCGGACCGGAGGGCUGCUCCAUCUCCUGCAUCUGUCCGUAUAGAUGUGUCACUUCACCUGUGCAGGAUCUAUUUCUUAUCAACCAUCCUCCCCGGUAUGAUCUGAACCCAGCGGCUCAUUCAUAGUUCUCCUCUCGCCGCUCGGAUUCCGUCUCCUCUCUCUUUCUCUCUCGCUUUUUUUUGGGGCGAUUUUUUUAUUUGUGGCGGAGGGGGGGAGAAAAAAUAUCAUCUGUAACCUCCAGGAUGAUCUUUGCUAACACGGGCAACCCGCUGAAGACAGCCCCUCGCAAGCCGUCGUACCCCAUGACUCCGUCCAGUCCCGGCAGCAGCAGCAACAGCAGCAGCACAGGCCUGGAGCAGCUCAGCAAAACCAACCUGUACAUCCGCGGACUGCCUCCCGCCACUACAGACCUGGACCUGGUCAAACUCUGUCACCAGUAUGGAAAGAUUCAGUCAGCAAAGGCAAUCCUGGACAAGACAACCAACAAAUGUAAAGGUUACGGCUUUGUGGACUUUGACAGCCCAGGAGCUGCUUUGAAGGCUGUGCAUGCUCUGAAAACCAGUGGCAUACAGGCCCAGAUGGCCAAGCAACAGGAGCAGGACCCAACAAAUCUGUACAUUUCCAACUUGCCCCUCUCUGUGGACGAGAAGGAGUUGGAGAACAUGCUGCAGCCGUUUGGCCAGGUCGUCUCCACGCGGAUCCUCCGAGACUACAGCGGCAACAGCCGAGGCGUGGGCUUCGCCAGGAUGGACACAACGGAGCAGUGUAACGCAGUCAUCUCCCACUUUAAUGGAAAAUUUAUCAAGAUAGCGUCUGGAGGCAUGGCUCCACCUCAGCCGUUGCUGUGUAAGUUUGCAGACAGUCAGAGGAAGAAACACGCUCACAGCGGAUUCGCUCCCAACGGACAGACGGGGGAUUUCAGACUAGGUGCAAUGACUCUCACCUAUGACCCCUCCUCAGCAGCGAUACAGAAUGGGUACUAUCCGUCUCCGUAUCCAGUGACCAACAGGAUAAUGACUGUGCAGCCUGCGAUGUCCCCCUACAUGUCUCCGGUCUCUGCUUACCAGGUACAGAGUCAUUCUUGGGUGGCGGCUCAUCAACCAUACAUCAUGCAACACCCGGGUUCUGUGAUGUCUCCCUCUGUGGAUCCCUCCAUGUCACUGCACCCCUCGGCCAUGAUUACUCAGCAGAUGGGACAGCUGUCGUUGGGAAACACUGGAGCGUACAUUGCUGCCAACCCUGGUGUCCAGGGAGCUUACAUGCCUCAGUAUCCUGCCCUGCAGGCACCACCUGAAAAUGGCACGCCACAGCAAGUGGACUCUUCCAACAACUCAUCUCCUUACAGUCAACUCAGCAAGUAAUCACAGGCUGUUUUCCUCCACUCUGUGAGCCAGACGACAGGUGAGAAGUUGCUGAUGACAUCACAGUGAAAGCAGUCACCGCCUUCUCUGAUUGGACCAGACACGUGAACAUUCUUUGCACAGCCCCAACGUUUGUGGUGGAAAUGAGGACAGUGUAAAUGGACUCAAGCAGUCGGCUGAUCACAGAAAAAAAAAAAAAAAACUAAGAAGAAGAAGAAGAAAAAAAAUACGAGAUUUAUUUUGAUAAGAAACAA